AUGGUUGUUGGAUCAGCGACAUACCCAGGGAGGCAAGUGCUCCACAAGAUGCAACCAAUGGGAAUGACUCCCCGUGAGUUGUCAGAGUACGAUGAUCUGGCUACAGCACUAAUAGUGGACCCUUAUCUUGACAUCACUACACAUAAGAUGAAUGUUCGAUAUAGACCAUUAAAAACAAAUAAAGAGGAGCUGAAGAGUAUUAUCAAAGAGUUCAUCCAGACUCAGGAUUACAAUAAGGCAUACACAAGACUAGCCAAUGGUGAAUGGAUGCCAAGACAUUUUAGCAAAAAUAAACAUCAACAGGGCAAGCUAAGAGAACAUAUUUAUCGUUAUUUACGAGUUUUUGAUAAAAAAGCAGGCUUUGUUAUUGAGCCCUGCUAUAGAUAUUCCUUGGAAGGACGGGUGGGAGCUAAAAUUUCAACAACCAAAAAAUUCUUCAAACAUGAACGUAUUGAUUUCUUGGUGGGCUGUAUUGCUGAAAUGACAGAAGAGGAGGAAAAACAAUUGCUACAUCCUGGGAAAAAUGAUUUUUCUGUAAUGUAUAGUUGUAGAAAAAACUGUGCUCAAUUGUGGUUGGGCCCUGCAGCAUACAUCAAUCAUGACUGUAGGCCUACUUGUACCUUUGAAGCAACUGACCGUGGCAAGGCUUUUGUUCGUGUUUUAAGAGAUAUUGAGGUUGGUGAAGAGAUAACAUGUUUUUAUGGAGAAGACUUUUUUGGAAAUGGUAAUUGUUAUUGUGAAUGUGAGACUUGUGAGAGACGAGGUAAAGGUGCAUUCUCUGUACAAAAUGCACACAAUGAUGAGCAAGCAACUAGAUACAGAUUUAGAGAAACUGAUAAUAGAAUAAAUAGAAAGAAAGCAAAACAAACACAAAAGAAUAUUAAUGGCAAAAAUCCAGAAAAACCUCAGAUAUCUAGUAGGCAAAGUUCUGACAUAGUUUCACCAUUAAGCAUGAAGGAAAUGAAACAAAAAGGUUUAACAAAGUAUGAUGCAGAACUUUUAAUAGCUCAAGGUUGUAUUGCAGAUGUUAUUGAUGGACCAGGCAAUAAAGAGGCACAGGGCAGUAGAGAGUCCUCUGCUUCAAGUAGAGGUGAUAGGCUACGACGAAGGACAGACAGUAACAAAGCAAGUAAUGGUUUGCCUGUAUCUGCUGAAGUUAAAAGACGAGCUCCUCCAUCCCGUUGCUGUAGCACAACCAGUUCUCGCAGUAGUCGAGAUUCUCAUACAGGCAUAGUGUUACGAAGUCACAAACGCUUACUUGAUACCUGUACACAGUCAACCUGUGUUAAACCAAAAUCUACAUCAAAAGCAAGUAGCGAAGCAAAAUUGGAUAGAAAUUUAACAACACCAAAAGCAGAAACAGAGUUAAAUGUUUUAAUUGCAAGUAAUAUAAAAACUGAACAAUCGAAUGAUAGUCAAAAAGAGAAUAUGGAUUCUCCUGAUAAUGCAGAGGGUAAAUUAGAAAAAACAGAGAAUAAUUGUGAUACAAAUGAAUCUCUACAGCCAAGUGAAGAAUUGAAUAUUCCCAUUGAAGGAAAGAUUGAGACUUCUGUUAGUAAUUCCAAUGUUGAAGAACAAAUGGUUGAUAAUAAAUGUGUAAGUGACAAUGCUUGUGUGAAAAGUGAGAUAUAUGAUUUUAGAGAAAAUGUUAAUCCAAGUGAAUCUAAAGAUAGUAAAUUGAACAAGAAUCCAAAAUUAGAUGUAACAAAUCGGCCUGAAGAGUCUAAGAAAGAGACGGACUCAGGUCCUCCCUGGUUGGCAGAUAACUCUAAUAAAAGUAGCGAAUGCCCGUGCACCCCUCCACGACGUGGUUUGAAGCUUACGUUGCGGGUGAAGAGAAGUCCAGUUGUUGAAGAGGUGAUGGACUGUGGAACGACGACAGAGGCGACUGAGUAUGAAGUAUUACGGCUAGAGGGCGUUGACCCCGAGACAGCGCGACGCCUUAAGAAACGGCGUCGAUCUAAAGAGCGUCACCGCAAACAUAGUCCAAUCCGUCCUCUGCCUCCCAUGAAGCGCUUAAGAUUAAUAUUCGGCAAUGAGAGCCGUACUAUUGAUUUGCCAACUGCUAUUUCAGCAGACUGACAGCCGCAACUACCUUAUGGUUAUUUUUCCACCGUUAUUAUUCAAUUAUUAGUUUAAUUGACACUGAUUAGGAUUAUUUUAUCUAGUAUUUAUUUUGGUGACGUGAAGUUCUGACAUUUGAGUAAUGUGUGAUAAGCAUCAGAUUUUAUUUGAUGAUUCCAUGAAAUAUUUAUUAAAAUGAACAUUUGGAAAGAUUUUACUGAUUUUAUUAGUGCAAAUUAUCAUUCAAUCCCAUUUGUGUCAGGUGUUUUCACAGUCGUCAAAUAAGUUGAUCUAGAUAUGGAUAUCUAUUAAAACCUAUGUUAAUCCAAGGCAAUUAUGUACAAAUAUGUUGGGCUUUGUUUAAUAUAGCUACAUCUUUAUUGGUUUUAGAGGCAGAUAUGACUUAUUUGAAGAAGGUGGAAUGAGUCCUGGUGUAUUAAACUGCCAUUUGUUAAGAAAAUUGUUCUGCAUAUAGUCUUAAAUAUUGAGAACACAAGUUUUUCUUACCGUUUUUAUUUAAAUGUUGACUUAGUGGACUUGCUGCAGUUAGAUCUCAUUGCAUUGUAUAAUUUGUUCUUGUAUCAAUGUCUUAUUGAAAUGUGUAUAUUAAAUAUGUUAUGGAUUAAAAAUGAGCAUAGUGAAAUAAAUUCUCUAUUUAAAGAGUAAUAAUAAUAAUUAAUGUGUAGCGAUAUUAUCUUCAAUUGAACAAGUCUCGAGACAGGAUUCAAUCAUUCUCAAAGUUAGUGAAACAUAAGAUUGUAUGUGAAAAAAUUGAGUUCCAGAGUUGAUGAAAUUUAACAUUUGGCAUGAGGAUAUAAGUAAAUUGUGCUGAAGUAAUGAAAUUGAUCCUUAAUUGGUUUUGAUAAAUAAUUUUUCACUAUUAAACUGUAUAUUGUUAAUAUGUACAGUUUCAUGUUGAUUUUUAAUAUAGUUACGGUAAUUAAAUGUAUCGACGACAGGUGUUACGCUUGUAUAAAGCAGUUCAGCAGUUGUAGGGACAUAGUUUGUAUAUAACAGUAAAGUAAAAUUAACUAUUUAAAUGUUGAAGCCGUAUUUGGAGUAAAAAUAAAAUUGCGACAGCUUAAAGAGGAUGGUACUUGAGUUGGAAUAAGUUGAGUAACCUGAGCGAAAGUAUGGAAUACAUAUAUUUUAUAUGGUAUUUGUUAUGGUUUGUUACAAUUAAAUUGAUAUCUUGACAUUAUAUUUGUUCAAAAGAUGUGACAGACUGAAUAUAAAUAAAAUUGUUAGCUAUGAAGUAAUAGACCUUUGAGAAUGGAGGGCAUUUUAUAGCAAACAUGAGUUAUUUCAUUCUGCAUUAUUAUUCCAUAAAGAAGAGGUGUUUUUAGUCUGGUAUGUUUUAGCAUAUUCUGAUUUGUCCAAAUGCUAUGUAAUAUAAUUUAUUUAUAGCUUAUGUAUACAGUGAGUGACUUAAUUGUAUCCUCCAUAAUUAUAAAUUAUGUACCUACCUCUAAGAGUGGUCAUUUUUACAAAUUUGUAGUAUAAUUUCUGUAUUUUAAUUUACAAGUAUUGGCUGUAUUAGAAAAAUUUAUGCACAUACUAUGUGGCCAGAUAGGCUACUUAUGCAGUUAUUUGUAAUUGCUAGUUUUACGACUAGCUAUUGUGAUAUUCCUAAUGGGAAUAGUGUAUGUAAGAAAACUGUAAUUUAGACGAAAACGAGUUGCAUAUUGUUGACAAACAAAUAUUUUUCAUUUCAAAUUAUCACAAUAAAUUGCCUCAAGUUUCUUUCUAA